UAAUUUCCCGCCAGACAUUCUUCACCGGAGCUUGUUAGAAGCCGAACAGAGGGUCCUAUAUCUUCGUCAGCAAAAUACUCCGCCUGCUUACCAAGCUUUCGGUGUCCAAGAUCGAGACAGAGCCCCACAUGGAGGCCGCGGUGGCCGCGGCAGGGGUGGCCGUGGAAGAAACGGCCGCGGCAGAGGCCGUGGUUACCACCAGUACGGCCAGCAACCGGGCCACGGGCAGCAGCAGUCAGCUCCGCAGCAGGGCCAGCAACCGGGACAGCACCAUCAGCAGGGGUUCGGCCAGCAACAACUGAGACCUCCGAAUGCAGGCUCUUCAUCAACUGAGGGAAUUCUUGGGGCAAUUCCCCCACCCGUUGUGUGUCAAAUCUGUUUUUCUGCAGGCCAUUCUGCAAUCAACUGUCCCUCUCGUUUUUCUCCAUCUACUGCACCUGUUCUUCUCACCGGUCAAGCUAAUGAAGCUCUGUGGUAUCCAGACACUGGUGCUUCUGCUCAUAUGACUUCCUCUGAAGGACAAAAUUUCGGGGGCGGUUCUUC